AUGGGCGAGGGCAUCGGUGCCGAGAUGUCGGUGAGACAGUUCAACCACUUGAUGCACUACGGCGAUCAAAUUAUCUGCAAAUCUGCCCUCCUUGCUCUCAGCCUCGUCAGCGCGUCAAAUCUACAGCUCCCCGUUCUGGACACGCUCUCAAAAUAUAGCCAUCACUAUGAGCUCACGGUCGCACUCGACGCUAUCUUUGCAAUGGGCCUCGUCGGCAUAGGCACGAACAAUGCAUGGCUCGUAUGUUGA